AUGACUGGAGGUAGUGGCAAGGUUCUGAAAAGUGGUCCAAAUGACCAUGUUUUCAUCUAUUAUGCAGAUGAUGGUUCUGCAGGAUUACUUGGGAUGCCUAGUGAGGAUGAUUCUGUUUCUGCUAAAGAUCUUAUACAUGUGCUAAAGAAGAAGCAUCUUUGUAAAGGUUUCAAAAGCAUGAAAUUCCCUCUCACAAACCCUAGCCGCUACACUCCUCCCUUUUACACAAGGCUCCGGCCACUAUACACGGCUCCGGCCACCUAG